CAAUGCUAUCUCCUCGUCUUCGGGCAGCGAGCAAGGGCUGACUCGACGCUGACUAAAGCGCUAACCGCCGUAUCGUCGUCAUCGUGCGCCUGACCGCCGCUCAAACGGACUCAAUUGUGUCAGCCUCCUGGUCGGGCGGGGUCGUACGGGCGGGCAACGCCCAUCGUAUGGCUCUCGGGACUCUCGCCGGGCACUAUUCUCCUUCGCUGCCUCGGGUACACGUCACUCUCGCCCUUCAGCCUUUGACAUGCAUGACCAUCCGGUUCGGGCGCGCUAGGAAACCGUCCGCGACGCGCGUCGGCGGGUCUGAACUUGAUCCUUCAAUUCCGUCUGCGAAGCUACCGUAUGAGUCGUGAUGACCAUGAUGACAGAGCGUCGCUCUGCGCCGUGAACCGCCAUCACAGAGGCAGUAUAUAACGGCGCCGCUACGGGUUAGAGCGCCCACACCCUUUCGCCGGCUUUCGGUCGAACACCCAUGUCUGGAUAUACCGUGCCUGCUGAGCGGCCUCACGACGGGAUACGUUUUGUGUACUCGGAAGGGAAGCCUACAGUCGUUGCCCCUCGGCGCCCGUAUCAGGAGCGCGCCUCGUCUCGAGAUCGUAUAUAUGAGCCCAAAGCUGCGCCCAGCAGCACUGAACGUGCUCGAAAGACCCAGGAUAUUUCGCCUGUAGGAGAGAAUCAGGAUCAGUACCUGGGCUACAGUCUCGGUUCUGCCCUGUCUAGCGGUAGCUCAGUUAGCGUACCCAACAGUACGUCUCAGCAAUACACGAAUAGUGAUCCCUUCUCGAGCGACCUUCCCCUCUCCGAUUACGGGACGAGUUCCUCUUGGCCGUAUCUGCCCUGGUCAACGUCGAACGACACUCUUGGGGACAUAGACAUGUCCUACUUGAACGCCCUCGACGGGAUUGACAACCGCAACAUGAUGCCUCCAUACCAACAGACGGACUUUGCAACCAUGUACGGCCUGUUGCGUGGUUCAUCCGCGUCAGCUCCCGGGGUUCCUGACGCCAAUGGUCAAUCUUUCCUAUCGCAUCCUGCGUAUCUAGACACGGCGCCGAGCUCAUCCUCUUCACCGCGCAAUCCAAUAUCCGCAAUACCUCCCACCUCGUCCGCAAUACACUCGAUAUCCCGCACUGCAUCGAGUAAUGGGUCCUCCUCGACUUCGCGCAACGGUUCGCGCUCGUCCACGGCGUCCCCGUCCGGAAGCAAGAGCGAUGCCCUCCCCGUUGCCCGCCCCCAAGUCACCACUGGCGCGAUCGCGCGCGCGUCGAGCAAGCGACGAAGUAGGGAGGUGCCCAAUGACUCCGAUAUCCGGUGCCCGCACUGUGGAUCGACGUUUACGAAGAGGCACAAUCUAAGAAACCACAUCCGCUCGCACCUCGACCUGCGCGAGUAUGUCUGCCAGCGCUGUCAGGCGGCGUUCAACAAUCCCGGCGGACUCUAUCGACAUCGUCGCGCGAAGGGGGCUUGCGUGAUACCAGGAGAGGAAGGGGCACGCAGUCACAGUGUCGAAUGACGGGAUUCACCUGACAUGGUGCUCUGAUGAUGGUUGAGCUCGUCGAGGAUGGCAUAGACGCCUCUUUCGCCCGCUGCAUCCUUCCACGACCGUGUUUAUGGACCGAUAAGUACUCGAGAAAUAACAUGUAUGUACAACAACGGAUGAGGGAGCGAGUUUGUUGAUAUCCUUGUACCUUACUUCCUUACCUUACCAGACAAUUGCGCUGUCUAAUCCCAUAGAGCCUCGGCGCAGGGCAGAUUCCGGAGAUGUUAUACAAAAAUGUUGUAUCCCGUCUCGUGUACCAUGUACUUCAUCCCGCCUCAGGCGUAUAUAACCUUGUUGCCGACAUCGGCUGAUAGCCAGAGGCGCUCGCCUCGA